AAGGACCUAAAAGAAAUACUUCGCAUAAAGCAGCUAUUUGUAAUUAUUGUGGAAAAAAUAUUCUUGGCGUUUCAGAACAAAUGGUUAAUCAUCUUUGUGAAUGUGAAGAUGCUGGGCGUGUUUUAUGCUUACCUUGCAUGGCACAUCAAGGAAAUUUAUUAGCUAAAGAUAUAAUUGAAUUUGCAUAUUUUAAACCAAUAAUUAAACAAAUGCUUAUAAUUAUUGGUCAUUUUCGUAUUGCUAAUUUGGCAAUUCAUAAACUCCGUCAACUUUCUGAUAGGCCAACUUUUAAAAUGCAAUAUCCGACUUUAACGCGUUGGGCUACUUUCGCAGUAUCAGCAUCACAAGUAAUAACUAUGAAGGAUUAUUUAAAGGUAUUUAUUAAAUAA